AAUGCGCUGCGCGAGAGAGAGAGAGAGAGAGAGAGAGAGAGAGAGAGAGAGAGAGAGAGAGAGAGAGAGAGAGAGAGAAAGAUUGAGAGCUCACAUCCGUGGUUGCCUUCGCCGACUACUACACAUAGGACAGUUUCGUCGACUCUAGCAGACAUGUGGAGAAUUGCGGCCUUGCUGUGUCUGGUCGCGGCUACCAGUGUUUGGAGCUAUACGCUGGACUAUGACUGUUUACCCUGCUACAAUGGUUUGUUCCUCACUCCCACCGGACAGACGCCCAUCGAGUACCCGUGCCCGAACCCCCAGUACUGCCCCUACGGUAUAGUGAAUGACUCAUGUCACUGCUGCUACCAGUGCGCCAAGGGCCCCGUACGAGAAAUGUGGGCGGUCCGCGCAAUAUCUACGGCAAGGUGCUCGCGAUCGUUGAAAUGUUUACAAAACGGCAUCGACGACUCGCUCGCGUGGGGAUGUGCGGCACGCAGACGUAAGCCUUAACAGACGCAGACGCUACAACCACUAGACACAUCCGUCGAAGCGACGUCAUGGCGACGCGUUUUCCACUAGACACAUCCGCGGCGUCA